GUUGUCUUUACUGCACGAAGCACCAUUAGGUACUUCUGAUAACGGUGUUCGAGUUCAUUCGUAGAUAGAAAUUCGCAUGUCCAUCUACUCUUCAGAUAUCAUUUGAGCGUUUGUGUCGCCGGUGUGCGCAUUUCGAUUUUAAAAAAAUACCGCGGCUAGUGACCAAUUGAAUUUUUUUAAAUUACAAACGCAUCAGUGAAGUGAAAUUUUUAUUGUAUAAACUUUCUAGGUGCAUUAAUGUGCAGGAUUAGAAAUCCAUAGUUUAAUAUGGAAAUCUGGUUCCUGCCCCUUCUGCUGUGUGUCGCUGCAGCGGCAGUUAUCGCAUCGACGCUUUGCCCAGAUUCAUGUACUUGUCUGGGAAAUACUGAAGCGCAUUGCACGUCUCUGCAAUUUACAAAGAAGAAGCCGAAUAAUCAUUUUCAACAUUUAUCCAAACUGGAUGUGAGUAACGCAGGAAUAUUUAAAUUAGGUUACAAUCUGAAGGCAUUUUCCAACUUAAAACAUUUAAAUUUAUCAUGGAACAAGAUCCAACAUGUUUCAGCACAAUUUCUACCGGAAUCUUUGGAGACUCUCGAUAUUUCGCAUAAUUAUAUUAAAUACUUUCCCCGAAAAUUACACUCACUGCCUAAAUUGAAGGAGGUUUCCUUCGAAGGUAAUCCCAUUCACUGCGAUUGCGAUUCGGCCUCAGACUUUUGGGUAUUGCAAAAAAAUGAUGUAACCGUACACUUUCCCAAAUGCGUUGGACCAAACGGGGGUAAUUUUUUGCAAUCGAUUAAGUGCCAUGACGAUCUGUUCGGAAAUAUGCAGGGCGAUGCACCGUACGAAGGAUCCGGGUCUGAGACUACAAUAGAAGAAGAAAUGGAGAGGGAGUAUAUAAUUCCCGACAUAACAACCGCUCCCGAAGAGACAACAGAACCACCCAAAGCAGUAGAGGAAGAAGGUAGCGGCACGGGAAUAGACACUCAGACCCCUGAAGAAUAUGACGAUGGUUCCUCCUCUACAACCGACGAGUACGACUACGAUAAUGUUACGGACUUAAUUGAACCAGUAAUUACACAAGUCAAUGAAUCAAAGUUGAGCAGCAUCUUUGUCAAACCAUGUAAUUUCGAUUGCUCUACCCCAUUUCCGAUCGACAGCAGCAAUGAUACUAGCGAAUCACCAUCGCCCAACUUAGUAGACGGUUUUCUAAUGAUUGCAAACGACUUGGGAAUUCUUGACGAUGGAAAAAAUGACAAUGAUACCCUAACCACAAGCGACUUAGUUGAAGUAACCACCGAACCGUACAACAAAACGGCUAGUGCAGUAAUCACCGACCCAGGGUUGAAUUUGAAAGAAAAAUCUGGAAAAGUCACUACUGUUGAAACUGAAUCAUCUAACACCUCUUAUAUAUUUUUCGGGCUGUUUCUCUUGUUAAUUGUCGGCGGAGUUGCGUACGUUUGGUAUAAACGGUCGAGAGCAAGUCGACAUAAUCGUGCCCCGCAGACGAAUGGUGAAGACAAAACCGAACCGAUGGAAGAAGUUGAACUCCUGACAAAGGCUCCCGCUGAUGACGGUCAUCAAAACGGAAGGCCAGAAUCUGUGCCGUUCAUUAACGGUAGUAAAGACAAUAAACCUAACGAAGACGACGACAAUUAUAUAAACUCUGUUAAGGAACCCGAACCAAAGAAUGAGGAGGAUGUGGAGCUCAGGAAGCCCCCGCGUAAAAACGUCCCACUGUCAUCUGACACGAAGCGCGUAACCAUAAAGGCCGGCGAGAUUCCCAACUCGACUCCCAAGACACCAGUUUUGGUAACCCGACAUCUCAAUAGUGAUGGAGACAUAGUAACGAUACCAAAUGUUGAUCAAGAUGUUUAAGUGGCUAGUGUUUAAUUUUAAUAACCGAUUAUGUUUAUGUAAUUUGUGAUAAUCAAAGGGUUUGUUCCUACGGUGCAACGUUCUGUUAUCCAGUUUGGCUACGUAGUUCUCUAGAGAUUGCACACUUGCCUUUCAAUUUAAGAAGAGACUGAAUGUACGUUUUUUUUUCAAAUAUUAUUUAAUGACAAAACGAUUUGAAUUAAGCCUAGUAUUACCAAAGUUUCGUUUUUUUUUUAAAUAGUUAUACUUAGCACUAUAAUAUUGUUGUUCGAAUAGUUUGUAUAGGUAUUCGUUUGUACUGAAAAUGCGUUAUUUUUUAAAUAUUUUAUAAAAUG